AUGGCCAUCUCAAUUGCCGACGCACCAGGCCCAUUCUUGUACCCAUUCUUCCUCAUGCCUGACCUCAAGGCCGCUCCCCCGGUCAGACACAGCUUAUUCCACCGCCUUGGACUUCGUAGCUGGCUGGGGAGGGACGGCGAAGGCAUCGAAUCUCACUCUCAGUUCAUUGCCCGAGAAUUGAGCCGCCAGCGCCUAGCGGGCAUUCCUUCUUCAAGUGCAAAACGUGUGCACGAUGAUAACGAAAGCGACGUCAACUAUGAUGACGAUAUCGACGGUGUGACUUCGGUGGCAGACAGUGAGCAGUUGGCAGGCUCCCUCCCCCAGGCCAGUCCGUCUAAUGUUACCGUUGGUUUGCCCAGAGCCCCAACCUUUAAACGACAGAAUUCAGAGCGCCGCGACCACCUUACCCCUUCGGAGUCUGGCCUAGGACACAGACGGGCCUACUCUGCUGACCGCCAGGGAGAUAUCGGACCUUGUAGAACAAGCUCUCCCCUCCCGGCUUAUUCUCCCCGGAAUUCCGUGCCAGAUUUACCCACAAAAGACUAUCAUGUAUCGGCCCAGGCAUCUCCCACCUUGAUCAACGAUGAACCGUCCCCACUUCAACGUGACCCCGAACUGGGGCAAAGGCAAUCGCAAACUGACCUAGCUUCGGAAUACGGACCUCCCUCUGAAGGUACUAUCGAUAAUGAACUAGAAGCCGAACUCGACAAGAAAUGGAUCCUUAACCUUAGCAUGAGGUUCAGGGACAAGUCUGACCGUGAAAAAUUCUUCAUCACUUAUGCUGAGGCCCCGAACAGAUGGCGGAAAGUUACCGUGUCUUGCGACUACCGUAAUGCCGAACCUGACUCACUUGAGUCUGACCUGAAAAAGCUACAAUACCACCGUGAAAAAAAUGCUCAUAUAUAUGAAUCAAUCCGCGAGUCUAUCGAUGAGAUUCAAUUCUAUGAUACUGUCACAAAUCUUAAACUGGAAACUCGGGACGGCCGUCUCCACGUUCAUGUUACCGAGGAUGUGAACGAAGUUAUCAUUUUCCCUCCAAUCUCCAGCGUCGAGUAUCUCAACCCCUUGUUUAUCCCCGAAAGCGAACUAGAUUUUGAUUCUCACUUAUCCGGCUUUGUUUACCGAGUGAAGUACCAUGGAAAGGACUACGUGAAGAAGGAAAUCACUGGCCCGGAUACUGUUGAGGAAUUUCUCUACGAAAUCAACGCUCUUCACGCUCUUCUUGAUUCGACCAAUGUUAUCAAUUUUAGAGCAAUUGUUGUUGAUGACUCCGGGACUUUGGUCAAAGGACUCUUGAUAGACUACGCAGAACAGGGCGCCUUGGCUGAUUUGUUUUACGACUUCAAGGGUGAACUUUCUUGGAAAAGGAGAGAACGCUGGGCAAAACAGAUCAUUAAGGGACUUGGGGAUAUUCAUGAAGCAGGCUUUGUCCAGGGAGACUUUACCGUAUCCAACGUUGUUGUGGAUGAGCAUGAUGAUGCAAAAAUAAUUGAUAUCAACCGCCGAGGCUGCCCGAUUGGAUGGGAACCACCAGAGUUUGCCAAAAAGUUGGAGAGUAAACAAAGAAUAUCCAUGUACAUUGGCGUGAAGUCGGAUCUUUAUCAACUUGGCAUGACUCUUUGGGGCCUGGCCAUGGAAGAGGAUGAACCAGGCAGGCAGCCACGACCGCUCCUUAUACCGGAAGAUAUGAAAAUCCCAACUUAUUUCAGGAGAAUAGUUGAUAUUUGCCUCAGCGAACGUCCACAGGGCCGUUUAUCCGCUAAGGACCUCCUUGCCUUGUUUGAUGAUCAAAGAGAUGAAGUUUUCCCCAGUCCUGGAGCUGACGUACCCCGUUAUGCUCCCAUGCAAAAUCUCAACGGUGUAUACCAAGGCUAUCCCUACAGCAAUUACAAUUAUCAACUGACUUCAGUGUACAUGGACGAACAUCCCAAGGGUAUGCACUAUACCAAUGUACCCAUAGGAGAUCGCCUUCGAUAUCAACACAUGGGGGUCGAGCCGGUGAUAAUGCCGCCAUCGAGGAAUAGUCCUGAUUUCCAUUGUGUGAAUAACAACUUACAAGCUGCUCACAACGGCGAGCAUGGCCUCCCCGGUUCUCUACAUGGGCUUAACCAUAAUGGACAGUAUCUACCUCCCGGAAGUCACUGGGCGAACGGUCAUAAUCCGGUGCCGUACUAUAACCCUGCAUUUGUUAGACCCGCACUGGCUUCACACCAUACUUCCAUGGGUUUAGCUGAAAUGGAGCUCUUGGACCGCCAGGAUAGAGAGACAGAAUCUGACCCUCGAUUUGAUGAUUUUGGACCUGUAGAUCUCCCAGUGCAUUCUGAACGCGGAUGCCCCGUUGACGAAGACCAUAUUCAUGAAAUCCAGGACCAUGUUGAAACCGACCCCUCGUACCUAGUGGAUGACCAUUACCCAACACCUGAUCAAGCCCAUCUUCCCCUUGACUCCCUCCCUUCCCCUGAAUAUUAUGACGAUUCCCGACUGGAAUACAAUCCCGAAGUUAAGCACACUAUUCAGGUAGAUCCGCCAAACGAUCGGGAAGGAAUUAACUACCUCAAACCAGUCCUUGGCCUUGGGGAUCUCUCUAGUUCUCGUCUGCCAAUCAAUCCGGACUUUAUGAAAACCACUAGCUGUGACUUGGCUAUGCACCAUUCUGAUAUCUCUUCAUCUGGAACAACCUCCUUUGGACAGCCAAUUUCCAAUGAUACCCUUUUCACUUCUAGUUUACCAAUAAAUCCCCGAUAUGAGGAACUUCCAUCCAAGCCUGUGUCUUUGAAUAAGUAUGCCGAUGACGAUUUCUUAACCUCAAAUUUGCCGAUUAAUCCGGCUUAUGUCGAUCCUUUAGAUCGUGACACUUGUCCACGCGAACGAACUAGCAAGACGUUUAGCGGCAGUAUAAAGUCUACGAUACCCCGGCUCCAGAUUACACCCCGAGACGACCUCUUCCACUCUGCCCUCCCGAUCAAUCCCUGCCACAUUGAGCAGAGUCUUGACAUUCACAGGAAGACGCCAUCGAGUCUUAAUCAAUCGCGAAGCAAGCUUGCUGCUCCUAAACCAGAACUAAUUCCUGAGCAAAAGUUAUCUGGAAAUACUGCCGUUGGCACCCUUCCGUCGUCUGACGCUUCACCUGUUACCUCUAAUGAUUUAUUCACAUCUUUGUUGCCGAUUAAUCCGCAAUUUUGUUUUCAGGAUUUCAGCGCCCGUCUGUCACACAACAACCUGUUUACAUCUAUUCUACCGAUUAAUCCCCGCCAUAAAGGACAAAUUAUCAGGCAACCCGGGAAUCUAGGUUCUCCUAUACGCCCUAGCCUUUGCUCCACGCAUACCCCAUCUAUUUCAGCCCCACCUCACCAAAUAAUAUCUCCACAGCUGUCAUCAACCAUCUCAUCUUCGGACGACCUUUUUCUUUCAACCCUACCGAUAAACCCUCAACACAAAGGCAGACGGCCCGACCGUCUUACUCUCCCACUUUCCAAAGCGGUUAGCAAUGAUCUCAUGUCGUCAAACCUGCCAAUUAAUCCGGCCUUCCCUCACCCAACGCCUUCCUGGAGAAAAUUAUCUGAUUCCCAGAAGUUAGACAAGGCGACUACGAAUACCCCCUGCACUGAACUACUUACGUCAGUGCUACCUAUAAACCCGGCUGCUCGCACUUGA